UAAUAACAUGAAGAAAAAUACUACUAAACUUGUAGUUAGUUGGUUAAUCUACCUCAAUACAGUGGAUUGCACAUGCUUUAAAUUAGAGGCAGGUCUAAUGUACCUAACAGUAGCCAAGUAAUUAAAAUGGUUGAUUUUCUUCCCUGGCCAGGUUGCAGCUUUUGCACCAAAUAUUCCAGCACUCUAUGAGCUUCAUUUCAGCGUUCCAAUGGCAGGGGCAAUUCUUUGUGCACUUAACAUUAGGCUGGACUCUCCCACAUUAUCAUUGAUAUUACAACAGUUGGAAGCAAAAGCCAUUCUUGUAGAUCAUCAGCACAUUGAAGUUGUCCUCCAAGCACUGGACAGAUUGUCCCAAACAAAAUCCAAUCCACCUCUGCUCAUUCUUAUCCCUGAGUUUGACCAAUCAUCGUCAUCAUCUUCUCCCAUCGAUCUUGACCUUCCACCAGGUACCCUGAAUUACAAUGACCUGCUGCAGGUAAAAGCAGAACCCAACUUUCAGAUUCUAAGACCCAACAAUGAAUGUGACUCAAUUUCAGUGAGUUACACUUCUGGCUCAACUGGAAAUCCCAAGGGAGUUUUAUACAGCCACAGAGCUGUGUAUCUGAAUUCAUUGGCAGCCAUUUUUCAAAGUGACAUGAGAAAAAUGCCGGUGUUUUUAUGGACAGUCGAAAUGUUUCGGUGCAACGGUUGGUGCUUCCCUUGGGCUGUUGCUGCUCUUGGAGGCACCAACAUCUGCCUCAGAAAUGUCUCAGCCAAACUCAUUUUUGAAGCAAUUCAUCUCCACAAGGUAACACACUUGUGUGGUGCACCUUCUAUUUUGAACAUGCUAGCAGAUGCCUCAGAAAAUGACCAAACCAGGGAAAUAAAAUCAAGGGUGGAGAUUAUUGUUGCUGGUGCAUUGCCAGCACCUCAGAUUUUGAUCAAGGUUGCAGAGCUGGGAUUCAAUGUGAGCCAUGGAUAUGGCAUGACAGAGGCUCUUGGGCCAGCAAUUGUCACACCAUGCAAGCCUGAUCAAAAGCAAUCUCAGUACAAUCUGAUGAUGGAAGGGGUUGAUGUGAAGGAUCCAAACACCAUGGAAAGUGUGGAAUUUGAUGGGAAAACAAUGGGGGAGAUUAUGUUCAGAGGCAACACUUUGAUGCUGGGUUAUCUAGAGAAUUCCAAACCAGUUCAUGAGGUUUUCAAGGGUGGAUGGUAUAGGACUGGUGACCUGGCAGUUAGGCAUCCGGAUGGGUACAUUCAGAUGAAAGACAGGGCAAGCGAUAUUAUCAUUUGUGGUGGUGAGAUUAUCAGCACCCUUGAGGUGGAGGCAGUUUUGCUGACUCAUCCAAAAGUUUUGGAGGCUGCUGUUGUGGGGAGAUAUGAUGAGGUUUUGGGGGAGACUCCUUGUGCUUUUGUGAAGUUGAAGGAGGGGUUUAGUGAUGGUGGUGAGGCAAGUUCUAGAGAGAUUAUAGAGUUUUGUGAGGGGAAAUUGCCUGGUUUUAUGGUUCCAAAAGUUGUGAUAUUUGGGGAUUUGCCUAGCCCAACUGGGAAGAUACAAAAAUUUGUUCUGAGGGAGAAGGCCAAUCCUGUGGGAGGCCAAGAAUAAGAUGCCUAAUCUCUGAUUAUGGCAAUUUGAUUUGACAGUUGGCAAAUAGGUUUGUUGGUUUUACAUGAAAACUUUCAGUAUUUGGGUAGUGGUGUGGAUGAUUAAUUACUUAAUAUUUUUUUUGGUAUGCUA